UGAGCUCACAUGAGUCUGUUUUCAGCUCACAGAAGAAAUAAUGAGAUGUUUUGAUGUCUGCAUUUCUUUACCUAACUUCACUCUUCAGUGGACUAUCAAGUAAUCAGUUACAUGUACCUCCAUCCAGGACUUUCUGUUGUUUGAGCAAAGCGAUAUGAGCAUAUUGUUAGAACAGUUUCGGCUAAUAUGUACGUAGUACCCGAAAUUGGAAUAGUAGAUUGGAUAGUCUACUUGUAGUUGUCAAUGUUAUGGCUCAGUGUCUCCCCUCAAUCACCUUCAUCUCAGACGACGAUGUGCUGGAACACAUUGUGGAUGUUUCGGGUGGAGGAACCGUAAAAGCACGUGCCCGGAAAGACAAUGUAGCCGAGAAAUAUUCAUUUGCCAAGGCCGAUGAGGGAGACUCCAGUGAUGACACAGAAGCAACACAAACAUCAACUAGGCAUCAUCAUUUUAACGAGCAAUUUCCAGUAUGUACAGUGCAGGGUGCUGACCUGUUCAAACUUGGAGCACAGCGGCGGAGAAAGUCAUCGCUUUACCAGUCAGGAAAGCUGAAACCAACUGUGGGGAAGCGGAAACGACUGCAGACUGGUGAUGACGAUGAAGAUGAUGAUGGUUUGGACAGCCAGGGAGAGUCUGGGCAAUCCACAAGUGACAGUGACUCCGAUGAUGAGUCUCGCCACAGCGCCUGUAGUGAUUCCACUGAUAGUGCUGCUCAGACUACAUCCAAGCAACAGAUGAAUUCCAGAAAGAAAUCAAAACCUGGAUCCAAGCCAGUACAGCUGAGUGGCCAUGAAGAAUAUUUUCACUUGCACGGGGACAACAGUGUAGCCACGUCUGAUGCUACUCUGGCACACUUGAAGCAGCCCAUGCUGGAUUUACAGGCAGUACGAGCCCUGUUACAGGAUGCACCGGAUGGACACAAGAGUCAUCGCUCACAGCUCCACUCUCGCUACACAUCACGCUUUUCGCACUGGUCUUUGCUUCUGCAGCAAGGAUCAAACUUAUUAUUGUAUGGAUUGGGCUCUAAGCGCCAGCUUUUAGAAGAGUUUCGCAACGAGUAUCUUCAAGAAAACCUGCAUAUCGUCAUCAAUGGAUACUUUCCCGGCCUGCAGUUCAAAGACGUGCUUACUCAACUUACUGAAUACCUUGGUUGUUCAUCAACGUUUCGAGUUCCUGGCGACCAGUGCCAGUACAUAUGCAAGCGUUUCAGUGAAGGUACAGAGCAGCUGUAUAUCUUGGUGCACUGUAUUGAUGGUGUGUCUUUACGAAGUGACAAGAUACAAGGCUAUCUAAGCGAGUUGGCCCAAUGUCGGAACAUCCACAUAAUCGCAAGCAGUGACCACAUCAACGUUCCAACCAUGUGGGAUGGCUCCCGUCUCGUUCAGUUCAAUUGGCUAUGGCAGGAGGUACACACAUUCUGCAACUACAUCGAAGAGACUUCCUAUGAGAAUUCUAUUAUGGUGCGACAGACUGGAAAACUGGUCUACACAGCUCUCGUACACGUCAUGGAAUCCCUUACACGCAAUGGAAGGGGAAUCUUCAAGUUGCUAGCUGAAGCCGAGCUUCAACGGGAGUCUUCUAGUACCGCCCCAGGUAUGGCGUUCCAAGACCUGUUCUCUCACUGCAAAGAGAGCUUUCUCGUCAGUAGCGACCAGGCUUUGCGAGCACAGCUUACGGAAUUCCUUGACCACAAGCUUGUCAAGUCGAAAAAGGGGCAAGAUGGUGUGGAGUAUUUGUCUCUAGCUGUUGAGCGCAAUGUUGUCGAGCAGUAUCUGUCAACUCUGGAUGACUCCUGAUCGCAGAGGACUCACUCCAGCAUGCAGCUAAGACCUCUCAAUGUUUCCUUUCAACCCAUGCACUCUUUUCUGACGUUUUCACCUCUAUUUUCUUAUUCUUCCUGACCUGGACUGUCUCUGUUGACAACGUACUCUAGUUUUUAUCGAAAUGUCGAAGUCGUAUUUUGUGGCCUUUUGGUGUGUUUUGGUCUUCCUUUUGUGUCUUUCUGGUGCAUUUCAGAGUGUUGUGUUUCAUCAGAAAAUCACCCCGUAAGUGUGCCUGUGUGCCUUUUUUAAUGCUUCUGAAGUACUUGAAUUUUUAAAUAACUUUUAAAUAUCUUGAAUUGAGUUACCAAUACCAUGAUUUCUAAACUCUCUGCAUGCAUGGCAUAGCUUUGUCACUCCAAACAUUUGAUGCCUGCUGCACUCCCUGGAUCGUGUGCAAACGAUAGCACUGUGUGUGUAGUGCCGUAUGCAAGCUGUUUUCUUCAGCUUUUGCAUACUAGUAGUCCCUCCACUUCAGUGGACAUUGAGACUCAUGACUAAUGAUUGGCCGUCUAAUGUAAUGGUAGUCGUGGAACCACGCCUAAGCUAUGGUAUA